AUGAAUAGCUUCUGGACGCCGCCAAUAGAUGGCGCUGUUAUUGAGGUAUCUGGCAACUGUCCCGUGCACGCCUGGAGCUUUCCUAUCUUGAGUAGACUCAGAGGCGAUACGCUAAAAGAUCGCAUCAUCGCACAUCCUGUGCCACAUGCCGCCGUCCCUGCCACCAGAGUGCCACAUUACCAGCAGUGCCGCCAGCAUCCCUGCCACCAGAGUGCCACAUUACCAGCAGCCGCCGCCCGUCCCUGCCACCAGAGUGCCACAUUACCAGCAGCCGCCGCCCGUCCCUGCCACCAGAGUGCCACAUUACCAGCAGCCGCCGCCCGUCCCUGCCACCAGAGUGCCACAUUACCAGCAGCGCCGCCCGUCCCUGCCACCAGAGUGCCACAUUACCAGCACUGCCACCAGAGUGCCACAUUACCAGCAGCCCGCCCGUCCUGCCACCAGAGUGCCACAUUACCAGCAGUGCCACAUUACCAGCAGCCUGCCACCAGAGUGCCAGCAUGCCACCAGAGUGCCAGCAUUGCCAGCAGCCGCCGCCCGUCCCUGCCACCAGAGUGCCACAUUACCAGCAGCCGCCCGUCCCUGCCACAUUACCAGCAUCCUGCCACCCAGAGCCACCAGAGUGUACCAGCAGCGCCGCCCGUCCCUGCCGUCCCUGCCACCAGAGUGCCACAUUACCAGCAGCCGCCGCCCGUCCCUGCCACCAGAGUGCCACAUUACCAGCAGCCCGUCCCUGCCACCGCCACCAGCAGCCGCCCGUGCCACCAGAGUGCCACAUUACCAGCAGCCGCCGCCCGUCCUGCCACCAGAGUGACAGCAGCAGUCCCGUCCCUGCCACCAGAGUGCCCACCAGCAGCCGCUGCCACCAGCAGCCCUGCCACCAGAGUGCCACAUUACCAGCAGCCGCCCGUCCCUGCCACCAGAGUGCCACAUUACCAGCAGCCGCCCGUCCCUGCCACCAGAAUUACCAGCAGCCGCCCGCCUGCCACCAGAGUGCCACAUUACCAGCAGCCGCCGCCCGUCCCUGCCACCAGAGUGCCAGCCAGCCCGCCUGCACCGUACACCAGAGUGCCACAUUACCAGCCGCCGCCCGUCCCUGCCACCAGAGUGCCACAUUACCAGCAGCCGCCGCCGUCCCUGCCACCAGAGUGCCACAUUACCAGCAGCGCCCGUCCCGCCACCAGAGUGCCACAUUACCAGCAGCCGCCCGUCCCUGCCACCAGAGUGCCACAUUACCAGCAGCCGCCGCCCGUCCCUGCCACCAGAGUGCCACAUUACCAGCAGCCGCCGCCGCCUGCCACCAGAGUGCCACCCAACCUGCCACCAGAGUGCCACAUUACCAGCAGCCGCCCGUCCCUGCCACCAGAGUGCCACAUUACCAGCAGCGCCGCCCGUCCCUGCCACCAGAGUGCCACACCAGCAGCCGCCGCCCGUCCCGCCACCAGAGUGCCACAUUACCAGCAGCCGCCCGUCCCUGCCACCAGAGUGCCACAUUACCAGCAGCUGCCGCCCGUCCCUGCCACCAGAGUGCCACAUUACCAGCAGCCGCCGCCCGCCUGCCACCAGAGUGCCACCCGCCGCCCGCCACCAGAGUGCCACAUUACCAGCAUCCCUGCCACCAGAGUGCCACAUUAG